CAGUGACAGAAAUGCAUCCAGCAGUAUUUCUUCUCUAUUAUCAUGUCCACUGACCAUCACAGCUGUGUCAUCAAACAAAACAAAACACAAAUGUUGGGAGGUGUUGGAAAAAUGUGCUCAUAUCCGUUGCACUUGAUUAGUCACUACUUUUAUUUCAUCCAAGAUCUCCUCAUUUCUCUCACAGACUCACUUCCCACUGAGCAGCUCCAUCAGUCCUCCCUCCCACAUCUUCUCCCUCCCAGCUUACCUCCUCCUCUCACUGUCACUGCGCUUCUCAAACUUGAGGUGGGUCUUUUUUAUACUGUCUCCCGCCUCUCCUUUUACUCUUUACUCCCAAGACGUGAUGAGGUUAACAGCACUGUGCGUAUGUGGGACUCUGCUGGCCUUCACAAGCCUCUUUUGGACCACAGCGGAUUCAGACGAAGGAGAUCUCCUGUGGGAUAAUGAAUUUGGGCCCUGCACUGCAAAUCUGAGACCUGAGGGGCCGUGCAGACACAGACAGGAUGAGAGCACAUGCCCUUACCUUUUCAGUCUGCCGCCAUUGACUGUCCAUUUGCCAAAGCAGCUCAGAGAGCUGGAAAAGAUCGUGGAGGAUCUGCAAAAGCUGAAAGACAAUGUGGAUCAGCUGAGGAAGAUGUGUGCCGAUUGUAAAGUAAGCCAAACUGAGAGAGAGUGUGGAAGGCAAAGAGAGCAUGAAAAGCUGAAUGAGAGUGCAGACAGACGUAAGGAUGAGAGGAACUGGCUGAAUGAGACAAAUGGGAGACUAAAAGAUUUCCGCCUGCAGUGUGGGACAGACAGGGUUAAAGCAGAAAAUACUACGAAAGGAGAUGGUGACACGCACUCUGAAAAAACAAUUUCGGAAGAGAAAGAGAGAAAGAAAUGGGAAACAGAAAGAGAGAGGAGCGAUAAAGUGACUGUAAAAGAAAAUGAGGAUGAAGAAACCCUAGAAAUGACAGAGAAAGAUGGAAAAACUCAGACAGAGGGUGCAAAAGAAAAGGACAAAUUUGGACAGGCAAAUGAUGGAAAUGAGAGAAUAGUGGAUAUGGUCAUAAAAAAUGUUGAAAAAAAUAACAGGGAGAGAGGGACGGACAGAAAUAAAGAAAAAGAGAGUAAGGGUAAUUCAAAGGGAGAUCGAGGGCACGUGAGAGAAAAAGAAAAAGAGAGGAAGACUACAAGUAAUAUAAAAAAUAAGGAGAAAACAGAAGAAAGUACCCAUCACGUGUGGCGGGAUGAAACAAAGGAAACAGAGAAAAAGACCCAAACUGAAGAAGACAGACAUAGUGAUGGAAUAAAGAUGUCUGAGGACCAUGAUGGGCAUACAAAUCAGGAGCGGAGGCAGUAUGGAGAGGAGAGGAAAAAGGAAAUGGAAAAGGGAAUAAAAAUGGAGCGAAAUAAUGAGAAACCAAAACAGACCGAGAGCAUCGGGCAUGCAGAAAAAGAGAAGACUAUAAAAGAGGGGGAGGUGGAGAGGGACUGGGAGAGUGCUAUGGAGAUCAAAACAGAAGGAGAAAAGGCGGUCCAGACUGUACAGAGAGACGGUGAUGGAGAAUUAGCAUCCAGCAAGGCAACUGAGAGGACAGACUUUGUUUCAAUCAGCCCGACUCCUCACUCCACCAUUAGUUUAGCUCCGAGGCAUGACUCCAUGGACUCAAACAAAGCUGUAACCUUUGCAUCACCUCCUUCUUCGUCCAGCUUGACUCCACAUUUGAACACAGGUGUUAAUCAAGGGAGGACAAUAAUGCCUGACAGACUUCCAACCCAAAGCACAGGCCUUGAUGCAGGAGGCAUUUCUGAGCACCCAGGCCCAGAUGCAGAGGCAGGCUUUAGGACCACAAGUAGGCCAACAACAGCCACAAUAAACACACUGGGUGGGCCCGGACAGCUGAUAACCAGUGCCAAUACUAGGUUCCCCUCUACAACUAGUGCAAGACCUGAAACCGGCUUCCAGGGGCAAAUUAGCUCAACUAUGGAAACUACAACCACCACAACUCCUCAUCAAAAUUUAUACACAACUAAAUUUCCAGGAGUCGCAGACCGCAACCGCUGGACAGCUAAAAAGAACAUCAGCUCAAACACUAAGACUGGCGUAAAACCUUUACCAGGCCGAGGACUGAAGCCUGGUGAAAAGCAUAAACCUGCAAUUAAACCUGAAGCAGAUCGAAGGCCUAAAAAUCCAAAGAAUGACCAUAAACCUGAUCGAGUACCUUCGCCUGACAGCAAAACAAAACAUGACCAAAAGCAGAAGCCUACUCACCAAAAACCAACGACCAACCAGAAACCUAAACCUGGCAAAGAUCCUAAACAAAUAAAAAAUCCAAAACCUGACCAAAGACCUGAGAAUUUACCAACUGAUCAAAAUCUGAAAAAUACUCCUAAACGUGACCAAGAACAUACAACUGAUCAAAACAAGUUACCUAUUCAGAAGCCAAAAUCUAACCAAAAGUUUACGCCUCCUGUCCAGAGACCUACAUCUACAUCUCAAACUGUAAAUGCAACCAAGUCUCACAGAGAUCCUCAAACUAACAGAGAAAUCACAAUUAUUGAUCAGGAGUCGAAACCUGAUAAAAAGCCGGUUAAUCCUCUAAAAACCGAUGACCCUGACCAAAAUCUGAAAAAUGAAGAAAAAACAAAACAUGAUCAAAGAUCUAUAGUAAAUCAAUAUUUUACACCAGCUCAGGAACCUGAAACAAUGAGCGUCACACCAAAACCCAACCAAAAACCUAAAACAGAACUAAUAGAAGAUUCUGAUCAAAAUCUUUCGUCCAAACCUAAAUCUAUCCAAGAUCCACCUGGACAAGGACAUACCCCUGAUCAAAACCAGUUACCUACUCAAAAGCCAAAAUCUCAUGAAAAGUCUUUGCUUCCUGUCCAGAGACCUACAUCUACAUCUAAAACUGCAAACACAACCACUUCAGACAAAGAUCCUCGAACUCACAGAGUGUCUGUUGAAAGAACAAUUAUUAAUCAGAAACCUGAGAAAAAGCCGGUUCCUCUCAAAACUGAAAACCCUGACCAAAAACAAAAACCUCCUAAAAAGCUGACAAGUGAAGAAAAAUCAAAACCUGAUCAAAGGUCUUCAUCAAACACUCCAGUUCAAGAGCCUGAACUUGAAACAUCGAGCCUCACAUCAAAACCCAACCAAAAGCCUAAAACAGAACUAUUGGAAGAUUCUGAUCUAAAUCUUUCACCUAAACCUAAAUCUGUCCAGGACCCGUCGCCUGGACAAGAACAUACACCUGAUCAAAACCAGUUACCAACUCAAAAGCCAAAAUCUAGCCUGAUCAAAACCAGUUACCAACUCAAAAGCCAAAAUCUAGUCAAAAACCUACACUUCCUGUCCAGAAAUCUACUGGUUCUGACAAAGAUUCACUAA